GCACACUUUAAUUCUUUUGUUUUGUUGGUUUUGAAAUUGCAAUUUAACUUAUUAUAUUUGUACUAUAAAUUCUAUGUUUCUCUUUAUUUGUUUUACCUCAAUGGGUUUCUAGAGAAUUACUUCUAAGACUAGGAACUAUUUCCCAACCUAAUUACAAGGCUUUGAAAGUCUUUUUCAUUGCCCAUUCUCUUUAUAGCGAAUAACACCCUUCCUCCUCUAUUCUUGUUAUCUUCACUUUGCGACCCCUUGUAAAUUUUCCUACUAAAAAAUUUAAUAAUUACCGAUUAUGUUUUGUGAUAUGCCAAAGGAUUGGAUGGAUCUACCGAGGUAUAGCAAAGAGUAUAUCAAUGGUGUUAUUAGUUUUUUAGACUUUGCAUACUCUGAGGGAGAACUGGACUGACGACAAAUUCAAUGUCCUUGUAAGAGGAGUUGUAACAUUAAUUGGUAUAGAAGAGAUGUGGUAUUUGACCAUUUAGUAGCUGACGGAUUUAUUAAGAGAUAUAGAAUAUGGAUUAAUCAUGGGGAAUGGACAAUCCCGAUGGUGGUUGGCGAUGACACGGAUGAUGAAGAAGGUGCACGCGAUGACAUCGAAGGACUGCUUAAUGAUGCAUUUAGAGAUGUACCUCAUGCUGAGGGUGUUAUUGUAGGUCAAAUUGAAGAGGCUAAAAAGUUUUACAAUUUAAUAGAUGGAGCAAGUCAAGAGUUAUACCCGGGUUGCAAGAAAUUUUUUACAUUAUCUUUUACUAUCCGUCUGUACUUGUUAAAGUGUUUGAACGGUUGGAGCAAUGCCUCCUUCACUUCACUUAUUGAGCUAUUGAAAGAGGCAAUGCCUGACAUUAACAUACCUUCAUCUUUCCAUAAGAUGAAGGCUAUGAUAAGAGAUUUAGGUCUGGAUUAUAAAAAAAUUUAUGCUUGUCCUAAUGAUUGCCUCCUAUAUAGAAAAGAACUAAAGGAUGAAAAAUAAUGUCGCGUGUGUGGAAUUUCUCGAUAUACUAAAAAUUCUAGUGAUGAUAGCAAGAACUAACCUGAUAAGAAAGGUCGUCCUAUUCCUGCAAAGACUCUAAGAUACUUUCCUAUAAUUCCAAGACUUCAGAGAUUAUUUAUGUGCUCAAAGACGGCAGCUAGUCUGAGGUGGCAUGAUGAGGAGCGUGUAAAAGAUGGGACAUUAAAGCAUCCUUCUGAUGGCUUGGCAUGGAAGAACCUUGAUGAAAUGGAUGAAGAAUUUGCAAAAGAAUCACGCAAUAUUAGACUAGGCUUGUCAAGUGAUGGGUUCAACCCAUUUCGUAGCAUGAACAUUUCAUAGAGCACGUGGCGCGUGAUGUUGAUGGUUUACAACUUGCUUCCGUGGAUGUGCAUAAAACAUGAAUAUUGUAUGCUUUCUUUGUUUAUUCCUGGGCCACAAUCACCUGGUAAAGACAUUGAUGUGUAUCUACAACCAUUGAUAGAAGACUUGAAAUUGUUGUGGAAAAUAGGGGUCGAAACUUAUGAUGCAUUAAAGAAUGAGACCUUUCAAAUGCGGGUAGCUCUUUUGUGGACAAUCAAUUAUUUUUUUGCUUAUGCUAUGUUGUCUGGGUGGAGUACAAAGGAAAAAUUGGCUUGCCCUUGUUGCAACAAAAAUACCUGUAGCUUACAACUAAAAUAUAGUCGGAAGACAAUUUAUAUGGACCAUCGUGUCUUUUUACCCAUGGAUCAUCCAUAGAGAACCAAUACAAGGUCUUUUAAUGGGAUGCAGGAAUUAAGACCCCUUUCACCUGUUAUAGAAGGAACUGAAAUCUUUGAGAUGCUAUAAAAUUGAGAAUGUUUUUGGGAAGAAGCAAAGUACAUUAAAUAGUUUUCCAUAGAAUUGGAAAAAAAGAUCAAUUUUCUUUGAAUUGCCUUACUGGCACAAGAAUCCACUGCAUCACAACUUAGAUGUCAUGCACAUAGAGAAGAACAUACUUGACAGUGUAGCUGGAACUCUCUUGGAUAUCCCAGGCAAGACAAAGGACCAUUUGAAUGCUUGAUAUGACUUAAAAGUUUUAGGUAUCUGGAAAAAUCUUCAACCAAAGGAGGUGAAUAAUGGCAAGAGAACAAAGUUGACAAAGCCAUGUUUUUCUAUGAUUGCUGUAGAGAAGUCAAAUUUUUGUGGUGUUUUGAAGACAACAAAGCUACCUAAUGGUAGUGCUUCGAAUAUAUCACGCUGUGUACAUCUAGGAGAAAGAAAAGUUUCUGGGUAUAAGACCCACGAUGCUAACUUUAUGCUUCACUAUUUACUACCAAUACUGAUUAAAAGCAUCCUUCUUGAUCAUGUGGCCAUUUCGUUGAUUCGACUAAGUUCAUUUUUUGUCGCUUAUGCAAAAAGUUCAUCACACUGGAAGAGAUAGAUCUACUGGAGUUAGAGAUUGUGGAAACAAAAUGGUUCAUCUUCCCAUUCAUUUAGCAAAUGAGGUGAGAUUGGGUGGUCCGGUGCAGUUUCGUUGGAUGUAUCCUCCAGAAAGGUACAUGUGUAUAUUAAAGUCAUAUGUUCGCAACAAAAGUUGCCCCGAAGAUUCUAUUGCAGAGGCAUAUCUGGCUGAAAAGUGCUUAGCUUUCUGUUCAAGAUAUUUGCAUGGAGGUGUGCAAACAAGACUUAACAAGCGGUCUCGGAAUGAUGAUGAUCCUAACGAAGACGAAGUUGUGCCAUCAAAGUUAUUUUCUAACAAAGGUCGUUCGUUAGUCAUGGAAAAUGGAGAACCAAUUAAUCUAGAUGACAUAUCAAAUGCUCAACCCAUGUGUAUGUAUUACACAAUUGUGAAGAAGUCGCAGAUUAUGUUAGAGAGCAUGAGGAAGAGGUUAACAAUUAGCGGGGAACAAAAUGGAGAAAAGCAAAAGUUCACAACAAAACGUUUGUGCAGUGGUUUGAAACUCGUGCGAGGGAUCCAAAUGUACCUUUUGGCUAAAAGAAUUAUCUCGAGGUACAAGCUCUAUUGCAAGAAGAUUUUCUGGAUAUGUAAUUAAUGGAUACAGGUUUCACACUGUAGAACGUGAGGUAAGGAGAAAAACACAAAAUAGUGGUGUCACGUUAACUACUUUAACUUCAAGCUUUGCAAGUACUAAAGAUAAAAGUUCAAUCCAAGACACUGUAGCUUAUUAUGAUAAGUAUGGUCUUACAUUUGUUUACUUCCAUAAGAAAUGCUUCCAUAAUGAAUCUUUCAUACUAGCAUCUCAAGCAUCAGUGUUUUUAUGUGCACGAUCCAUAUGAACAUAACAAAUAUUAUGUUAUGAAAACUGUCCCAAGAGACUUAUUUAAAACAAGCGACGAAUCUGAGUCUGAGACCCGUCAAACACACUAUAGUGAACAACACGAGCGUAUAAUGAGCCAUUCCAUACCAGCUGAUGAUGGUGAACUUAUUCUGGAGAGGACUGAUUUACGACCCACGGUUAUUGAAAUGGUUCCCCAAGUGACUUCUGCCCAAGAAUAUCAGGCAGACUUUAUUGGAGAUUUUUAUUCUGAUGGGUCAUCCUAAGCAAUUUAUUGCUUAAUAUGUACAUACGUAUACUUAAGUUUUCUUCUUCACCUUUUUAUUUGUAAGUAAUACUUAUUUUUUUGUUAAUUUGUCAGUCUCUUACAUUUUUUUUAUAUUGAU